AUGAAGAAAAUCGGCGACUUUGUUGCCUGGCCGCAGCAUUUGAUUCCCCUGCAGAUGCCCAGAACCCCAGCGCCCUCGCUGCGGAGCAACCAGCAACUCCGGGGGUGCCAAGCCGGGCCGCUUGUGCAGCAGCAGCGCAGCAGAGAGCCUGCAGCAGCAGCAGCAGCAGUUGCAGCAGCAGCACACAAAAAGAAACGCAGCAAGUUCGGGGGCUGCAGGUUGCUGCUGCUGCUGCUUCUUCCUAAGUACGCUGAUGCAGAGCCAGGAGCAGCAGAGCUGAGCUGCGCUCACACAAGUGCAGAACUGCACCCAGCAGGAACAGCAGCUACAGUAGCAGCAGCAGCGACAGCAGCAGCAACAACAACAGCAGCAGCAACAACAGCAGCAGCAGCAGCCACAGCCCCAAAGGGGGACCAGUCAGGCAUUACCGCAGCAGCAGCCACAGAGCUGCAGCAGCAGGAUACAGAAGUAGCAGCAGCUCCUGCAGAAGUACCAGCAGCUAAAGAAGUAGCGGCAGUAGCAGCAGCACCUGAAGAGCUAGCAGCAGUAGCAACAGCAGCUGAAGAAGUAGCAGCAGCAGCAGCCAAAGCAGCGGCAGCAGCAGCAGCAGCAGCUUCUUACACAGACUAA